GCAAUGUAUUGGUUUCGUCGUGAGUGGCUGUAUUCGUGGUCGUACUACCCAGAUAUUGCCUACUACCGGCACGUCAAUUUUUUUGACAAUAGCUUUUGCGUCAGUUGAUACGCGUAGGACACGUUUUUAGAAAAUAGUUAAAAAUGGAGAAUUUAUAUCGCGUUCCCUUCAUCGUCCUCCAAGUUCCUAACUUGAGGAUAAGAAAACCAUCCUGGUUCGUGAAACCCAGUGCUAUGGUUAUGUUUGCAUUAAUACUCUUCUCAUACUUUCUUGUUACCGGAGGGAUCAUAUAUGACGUUAUCGUGGAACCUCCAGGUGUUGGCUCAACUACAGACGAGCAUGGCCACUCACGACCUGUGGCAUUUAUGCCUUAUCGAGUAAAUGGUCAGUACAUUAUGGAAGGAUUGGCCUCGAGCUUUCUCUUCACUAUGGGUGGUUUGGGAUUCAUUGUUUUGGAUCAAACGCACAGUCCAUCAACCCCCAAAUUGAAUAGGAUCCUGUUGAUAAGCAUGGGAUUCAUUUGCAUUAUCGUAUCUUUCUUCACCUGUUGGAUUUUUAUGCGUAUGAAAUUACCGGGAUAUCUUCAGUCAUAGGAUGAAACAAAUUUUUCCAAUGAUCUGCUCACACCUUUUUUUAUAUUUGGUAUAAUUUUCACAUGGAGGAACUAUGAAAUAAUAUAAAUAAACACCCAUCCAGCAUG